CCUUACAACUGUCGGAAGCCACGUGCCAGAGAUAACAGUAGACAUUCGAGAAGAUGGCACCACGGGAUUGGUGCGUGUCUGUGCUGAGCCUCAUGCUGAUUAUGAACGCCUUUGGUCACCGCUGCGUUGCUCCUUUCCAUGCCGGUCAGCUGAUUCGUGUGGGGAAAUCCGGAGAGUGGAAGCGCCCAGCGAGAAGGCCACCAUUUAGGACGUACGAUGUAGACUUAGACGGAAAAGUGUCGUCCGACGAAUGGCAUCGUGUUGAGGAAAUGUUAUCCGGAUGGCCUGCUGCCGAGAUCUUCUCUCUCUUGGACAGAAACGAAGACGGUUGGCUGACCAAGCCCGAAUUCAACACCGGAAAGCAGCGACUUGGCGCUAAAGACUGGAAUUUUGCAAGGCCUACAUCCGGGAUUUCCAAACGCCUGAUCGGAGUUUAGAACAACAGAUCAAUCAUAGCCUGGUAUACAUCCGUAUUGCAGCUCCCUAGUCUCUUCUGUUCUCUCCGCAAAUACUUCGAGAGGACAGAAGACACUCGGGAGCUAUAAAACGGCUGGAGCCCAGGCUAGAUCAAUCGACGAUAUUAACUCAUGAUUCUGCACAGGACACACUGGAUGGACAAUGACCGUUAUAAGACGGAGAAAUGAGAACACAUAAGAUGUAAAAUUCACACGUUCAGUCAACCACAAAACAAUGUAACAACAAACAGUAUAGCUAACAGGAAAAGGGCUUUGAAUGUAUCAAGCCUUAAAAGUCAUCCAUCACGACACGGCAUGAUCAUGUGAAAUAUAAAAAAA